AUGAUGCUUCAAGGGUUCAAACACUUCUCUAAUGUAUCAGGUUUGGAGGUAAAUGAAAACAAAACAGAAGUUUACACAGCAAGCAUGAAGGAAGAAGAAGUUCAAAGAAUCCUGAAUGCUUCAGGUUUCACUAGAGGAAAAAUGCCUUUUAAGUACCUUGGGGUCCCAAUUAGUCACAAGAGGUUGGGGGUGAAAGAGUGUAUGGUGUUAGUGGAGAAGAUGACAGCAAGAGUGAGAUGCUGGAGUAGUAGAAACAUCUCUUACCAGGGUAGACUGGUAUUAGUAAAUGCUGUUUUACUAAGUAUUCAAGUGUACUGGGCUCAAAUGUUUGUCUUGCCAAAGAAGGUUAUUCAUGAAAUUCAAAUGGUGUGUAGAGCCUAUCUUUGGUCAGACAAUUAUUUCAGUAGCAGUGGUGGUUAUGUAGCUUGGGAGAAGGUUUGCAGACCUAAGAAUGCUGGAGGCUUAGGGGUGAGGAACUUAGAGUGUUGGAAUAUGGCUACUAUGGGGAGAUAUGCUUGGGCUCUGGAAACCAAAAAAGAUAAUCUCUGGAUCAAGUGGGUGAAUGAACUAUAUGUGAAGAAUGAAAAUUGGUGGGAUUAUAAACCUACACAAGGAUGCAGCUGGUAUUGGAAGAAAAUUUGUGAAGUAAAAGAUGUACUUAAAGGAAAACUUAGUGAGGCUGUGCUACAGAAUAUGCAUGAAUAUUCUGUUAAGUCAAUAUAUACUAUAUUGACAGACAGGUUACAGAAAACAAAGAGAUUAUAUGACAUGGGUGUUGCAACAACAGACCAAUGUCUGAUAUGUGGAAUGCAUGAGGAGACUCAAAAGCACUUGUUCUUUGAGUGCAACUAUAGUAAGUCUAUAUUCAGAAGGAUUGCUACAUGGAUGGGGAUACAGCUGAGUAACAUGACUGUGCAGUCAAUUAUGCAGUGGAUCAGCAGAUGCAGGGAAACAAAGUUUAAGAAGCAAGUCUAUGCUAUGGUUCUGGGAGCUUUGGUAUAUCAUAUAUGGAGAUGUCGAAAUGAAGUGUAUUGGUCCCAGUACGUGUCUACUGUAAAUAAUAUAGUAUAUAGAGUACAGAAAGAUGUUAUAGAUAGAUGCUAUAGUGUUCUCCCAAAAAAAGUGUCAAUAGCUAAUAGAGGAUGGCUCAGGGAGCUUGCUGUUAAUGUCUGUAGGUAA